CUUCCUCUUAAUAGAUAGUGUGAGAAAAUAAGCCAGAAAACGGAGCUCGCAAACAAAGGGCCAACACUCUGAAAAGACUCUAUACGAACGCAGUUAACCUCACAAAAUAUCCACAGCCUCCUCAAGACAUUCCACACCCACGUUCUGCUGAGUCAUCCAGACUGCAUACAGAAAUGAUAAAACAUUUCAGCAUUUUGCUUGCCAUCUUGGUCAUCGCCAUUAAAACAUUAAACACUGAAGAGGAGCUGAAGGAGACUGGGUUUGGAUAUCCACCACCCCGACACGGACUCGCUCUACUUAAGUGGUAUGUGAACAAGUGCAUUGACAAUAACAUGGUGGCUCUCUGUAAUCCUGUGGCUGGAGAGUUUGGGUUCCAUGUGUUUCAUAACAGAGGGUUCCUGCUCCCUCCACUGAAGGACAAACGGACAUAUACGUAUUUCACCAUAGGAAACCUUCACUCCCCGCACUCUGAGGAUCUUCCCUAUGAAGUGAGAAAGUACUAUGAUCCACAUAAUAAACAGAGCAACAUGGACAGAGUCAUUGUUAAACUCAACAUGAACAAGAACAAAAUCGAGGAGAUCUACAUAUCAGAGCACUAUAAUCCUCCUAGAACUUUUCAGUUAGGAGCCUCUCUCAUCGAUGACUUACGAUGGCAUCAGAACUCAAUGCAGAAGGUUUUCCCAAUAAUCUCUCAAAACAUUUUUACCUGAGAUGUUCUAUUACAAAAAUAACUUUAUUACCACAUUAGCUUCCACUAUUUCCCCACAGCAGGUGCCUUUUGCGCUUUCAGUUUACUAAAUACAACUUUCACUUCUGAGUUUUUCUUCUCUACUAGCCCAUUUUAUACCACUUCUCAACUUCCUUCUAUCCAUCACAUGCCACAAAACAAUUUAGUAACUUCCUCCAUGAAGCUGAAUGUGGACUUUGAACCUGGGUGGGUUUACUGUUUACUGCAGUGAUUAACAUUUGCCUACCUUUGGUCAUAUCUAUUGUAAAUAUAGGCUUUAAAGGUGAAGGGUGGAUUCUGUGCAAUUUUUUCUUUGUUAAUAAGUUUUCUUCUAUCCCAGCUUAAUAUGCAGUCUGAUCUCAUAGUAUUCAUAGGUAUUCUUAGCAUUUACAUGUACGUUUUUGUAAGUUUAAAUAUACACUUAAAUACUGAAAAAUACAAUAAAAAAUUGACAGCAUCAUAAGCAUAAAAGUAUUUACAAAAAUGUACAAAUCUGUAUUCCUCCUUUAUAUUAUUUAUGGUUUGAAUUUGGGGCAGGACUAUUUGUAUGUCCAACAAAUUGGGUAUCAGGAACCAUUAAAAUGUCUUUUACACAUUUAUAAUGUCGGCAAUUGCAUUUGAUGAUUGUAGAAGUGGAAAAAUUACAUAUUUCACCUUUAAUUCUGAUGUAAUUCAAAAUCAUUCUUUGAAGAAGGGAUAAAGGGUUGCAUUAUUCAUUAAUUCUGUUUAUUAAUGCAAAUGCAAGACAAUUUUCCCUUCUAUGAAUCUAAAAAAAAGAACCUCUGACAAUAAAACAUUAUACAGAAUUUUGCAUAAUGUAAACAUCUGCCUAUGUAUAUGCCUAAAACAGAUAGUGACCGAUUAAUGUAAUGCUUACUAAUGGACAAAAGAAAGUGUUUAUUGUGAUGUAAUGUAAUGUGACAGAUGUAAAUGUAUCCAAUCUGGGAAUAUUAAAGAUUGUCACACACACCACACUUAAAGAAA